UGCGCGAGCGGAGGCGCAGAAGAGGAGAGGAGAGGAGAGGAGAGCCGUGAUGCAGCGGUUGGACCGCGCCGGGCUGUAGCGGCCGGGACUCGGACCUGGGACUCGUCACUCUGCAGGAUGGGCAACAGCUCGGCCAAAGCCAAGCGCUCCAAGCGCCCCUCGCCGGACCCUCUGAGAGUGCGUUUAAAUGAGCUGGAGCAGGAAGUGCGCAGGAAAGACCAGGAGCUGGCCGCCAAAGAGCAGCUGCUCAAAAUUCUUGAGGAGAAGCUCAUCACGCAGGAUGAGGCUCUUGCGCACCUCAGCCAGGAGCUGCGCAAAAAACAGCAGGAUGACGUCAAAAACCAGAACAGGGACCAAACGAGCGCCAGUGUACUGGGGGUCUGCGUCAAGGAAACCCUCAAUAAGAGGAAGGGAGCCAAAGCCGGAGUGUCUGCUGAACCUACAUCCAGAACCUACGACUGUAGCCACCUGCCAAAAUUCUCCUUUGACAAGGCCCGAGUACCCAAAGAGUCCAGUGUGAAGAAGCAGUUGGUGGAUACCCUGAAUAGGAACCAGUAUCUGAAGCGUCUGGAGCAGCAGCAGCUCAGAGACAUGGUAGAGUGCAUGUACCUGUGUACCUACCAGGAGGGGGAUUACGUCGUACAGCAGGGAGAACAUGGCAACCACCUCUUUGUCCUGGCAGAUGGAAAGUUGGACGUGUUUCAGCAGGACACGCUGCUGUCGUCAAUGGCUGCAUGGACGGCGUUUGGCGAGCUGGCCAUCCUCUACAACUGCACGCGCACCGCUUCAGUGCGAGCUGUGAGCCGUGUGUGUGCGUGGGCUCUGGAGCGCGAGGCGUUCCAAAACAUCAUGAGGAGAACGGCCGAGACGCGUCAUGACCAGUACCGACACUUCCUGCGCAGUGUGUCACUUCUGGCUAAUCUUCCCGAAGACAAACUCAGCAAGAUUGUAGACUGUCUGGAGGUGGAAUACUACAACAAGGGCGACUACGUAAUCCACGAGGGCGAGAAGGGCAGCACUUUCUACAUCAUCGCUCGAGGAACGGUGAAAGUGACCCAGACCACGGAGGACAGCGAGAGUCCUCAGAUCAUCAACACACUGCACACGGGCGACUACUUCGGAGAGAAGGCGCUCAUCAGUGACGACGUCAGGUCCGCUAACAUCGUCGCCGAUGACGACGGGGUCGAGUGUCUGCUCAUGGACAGACAGACCUUCGAUCAGACGGUGGGAACCUUAGCCGAGCUCCAGAAGUCCCUCCGAGGCUACGUGGCUACGCUGGACCGGGAUGACCUCCAGCGACACGCCAGGAAGUCGUCGUUGUCGCGGCCACAGAGUCCCACGCCGCCCCCCGACGUGGUCCGCCUCAGCAACUUGGCCGCCGCCUUCUCGCCGUUCAGACCGCUGGACCACAUGGACAUCGUCGCCACGCUCGGUGUGGGCGGAUUCGCAAGAGUAGAACUGGUGAAGGUGAAGGGCGACGACGUGACGUUCGCGCUGAAGGUGAUCAAGAAGAAGCACGUGGUGGACAACCGGCAGCAGGAGCACAUCCACUCGGAGCGGCGCAUUCUCGCUGAGGCGCGCUCACCCUUCAUCGUCCGACUGUUCCGAACAUUCCGAGACGACAAAUAUGUCUACAUGCUGCUGGAGGCUUGUCUUGGAGGAGAAGUCUGGAGUCUUCUUAGAGACAGGGGGAGUUUCAACGAGACCACUGCCAAGUUCUGCGUAGGCUGCGUCACCGAGGCGUUCGAGUACCUGCACCGCAAAGGAAUCCUCUAUCGAGACCUCAAGCCGGAGAACCUCAUGCUGGACUCUGAGGGUUACGUCAAACUGGUGGAUUUUGGCUUCGCUAAGAGGCUCCGCGGGGGCCAGAAGACGUGGACCUUCUGUGGGACCCCCGAGUACGUGGCGCCGGAGAUCAUCCUCAACAAGGGCCAUAAUCUCAGCGUGGAUUUUUGGUCCCUGGGCAUCCUGGUGUUUGAGCUUCUGACUGGCAGUCCCCCUUUCACAGGAAGCGACCAAAUGGCCACGUACACGAUCAUCUUGAAGGGCGUGGACAAGAUGGAUUUCCCCAAGAAGAUCGGCAAGCGGCCCGAGGACCUCAUACGGAAGCUGUGCAGGGGAAAUCCAUCCGAGCGACUGGGAAACAUGAAAGGGGGGAUAGGCGACAUCAAGAAGCACAGGUGGUUUAACGGCUUCAACUGGGUGGGGCUAAAGGCUCAGACCUUGACGUCGCCCCUCAAGACACACGUGUCGGGCCCUCUGGACCACAGCCACUUCGACGUUUAUCCUCCGGAUGAUAAGAUUCCUCCCGACGAGCUCUCAGGAUGGGAUGCCGACUUCUGAGCCGAAUUGUUUGUUGUCCUGUUCAACUGUCAGGCAGAAGCAUCUUUCUAAUUUGUUAACUUUGUGUAACUACAUUGUAUUCUUAAUUUAUGCUCUUCUGGCUAAACCAUAAAAACGUCCUGUUUUGUAAAUAUUGCUGUACAUUUGAAUAAAUGUUUUUAUGUGAGGUAAACUUCAUAGUUUUAUUUAUUUGACGUUUAAUAUGAUAACUGCACUUUUGGCCGUAAGUAUUUUUGGGCCGUAAGUAUUUUUGUCAUAAUAUUACGAGAUUCAAGUUGUGUUUUUUUUCCCAAGAAUUUAGUUUCAUAUAAUUUUUUGGGGGUCAAAAUGUCAUAUAGUAAUAGUUUUCAAGAAAGAAAAGGUGUAAUAAUAUGAAAUGAACUUUUUUCCUUGAUAAAAUAAAACUUUACUCUCACCCAAAAAACUACUUUUAUCAGAUUGUUUGAUUGACCA